UUCUGUGUUUUCAAUCCUUGUAUUGAUUUUGAGAAAAAUGCAGGAUCCAGUGAGUUGCUUGUGUUCUUGCAUUCGAAAGUAUGUUACGCGUCAGGACAUUAGCUAUGUGUUCCGCACCAAAGAGAAACUUAAUGAUUUGGAGAACGCCAUGAAACAUCUCAAAGCCAAGAAGGAGGAUGUUCAGAGAAUGCUUGAUGAUCCUCAACACAACGGGCAACUAAUCGACAAUCGACAUCAACUUCAACACUGGCUUUAUGAUGUUCGAGAAAAGGAAGAUAAAGUAGAACGAUUAUUGGAUGAAUAUCGGAAAGGUAAUUGUGUUCCAGGCCCUUAUUCUCUAAAUUGUUUUUCCAGGUAUAAGAUUGGCAGGAAUGCAUUCAAAUUGAGAGGGGAGAUAAAUCAGUUGAAAGCAGAACUGCCAGAAAUCAAUUUUACCGACAUACCACCGCCGAAACCAGUCCCUGAAUCAUCUAAAAUAGUGGGGGAAAAAAAUCGGCUCCAACGUUGA